CUGGGAUAUUCAAAAUCGCUUCCUCUUCUCCUUUUCCGCUCGACUUUCUCACCAACCAAAAACGGAGCCUUGAACUAGAACCUAAACUGCCAUACCACAAUGGGUAGCGAUGAGGAUCCCUGGCUGGCCCCAGACAAGCUCUAUCACGUCAUCUUCUGCCUUUCCCUCACCUUGUUCUUCUCCAUUCUCGCCAACCAUACCCGCUUUCCGCUCCUUCGCCGCUACUCCAUCUGGAUCGGAUCCAUCCUCUCCCUCGCUGCCGGAGCCGCCAAGGAGACUGCAGACCAGCUUGGCUAUUUUCACUCCGCUGGGGCCUCAUCUAAGGACGCGGCAGCUGAUCUCCUAGGCGUCUUGGUGGCUGCCUUGGUGCUCUCUCUGUGUCGUAAACAAGCCCUCUCCAAUUCCAGUCACAGCGGACGGGUUUUGCCUGUUUGAUUUAGCAUCUGGAGAUCAAUGGCUGGUGCGAUUUGUACGACGGUUGCAACUUGGAACACGGAUUUGGUUUUUAGGACAAUAAGUGAUCAUCUCUUUGUCGCCAAGAAAGUGUCAUAAAGAGAAGAAGUUGGAAUUUUGGGUACUGAUUUAGUAGAAAAAUACUUGAUUGAGGUGACUCAUGUUCUGAAGCUCCGUGCUGUUGAAGGCUUUCCAUGAGUUGCAUCAUCUUCCUCUGGCAGCUUGACAGCAGUGUAAGUUCCUGCUCCACCCAGUGCUCCAAGGAUGGGGGCAGUGAGGUAUACCCAUAUGGCUUUGUAAUUGUUUGCAGCUAUGGCUGGUCCCAAUGUUCUCACAGGGUUCAUUGAUGCACCAGUUGAUUCCCUGCACCAUGGCAUAAAAGAAUGGUUUCAAUAAUACAUUUGGAGGUGUCAACAAUUACACCAGGUUUUGUAUCUUGUUGGUCUUUGUGAAAGAAAUAACGGGGACGAGGCUUUAUGGCAGUUUAUAGCCUCUGAACUUUAUGUUUAUAUUAUUUUUAUCUUUUCCUUGUGGAAACACUUCUUUUGAUGGCGUAUUCCCUGCUUAAUAUAAGUUAGCAGCUUCAAGGAGAAGAAAUAACAUUAUUUUCCUUUAGUCCCUUGUUUAUUUUUUGAUGUUGAAUCUCUCAACUUAUAUCAAGUAGAUUUUCAACAGGGAAUGGACAUACCCAGCUAUGAGUAUGUUGACCAUGACAGUAGCCCCCACCACGAUUCCCGCCAAUUCUCCCACCUGCAAUGUUGGGGAGUGAAAUCACAGAUGCAAAGUUUGAAGAUUUGAUAGUUAUCAACUCCUAUUAUUGCACUUUCUUAAAAAUGAUUUUCUGAAGACAAAAUGCAUAUUAGACUUAUAUAUUCAACCAUGAAAUGCAUAGAAAGGCUUCUGUGACUAAAGAGUCAAAUAUAGCAUAUGGUUCAUAAGCUCUAAACCUCGAUGGAACAGUGAGUUUCACUUGCUCCAGUGCUGAAAUAUGUGCCCCUCUGAGAGAGCAAAUGAAAGGGAACAUGGAGCGACAGCAGCAAGUGCAGGUUAUGCUAUACAGCUUAUGAGUUUGAUAAAGAAAGCAGGUUUGUCAAACUGUUGGAAUUCUCAAAUCAAGUUUGAAGGGAAUUGGUCUUCUGGAAUAUACUUGGAGAAGGUCUUUAAUUCUAGACAAAGUAGACUUUUGAAGAGAAGACAGAAACUGAUUUGAAGUUGAAAACAUGUAGAGGGAGAAGCAGUGUUUUUACAAGUUUCUCAAAGUUCUCUUUGUUUGAGUAAUACUAGAAUGUGACUGCUUACAGCUCUAGUGUCGGUGGCUACAGCAGUGACAACAAACAUGAGGUUGAAGCUGAUAAUGAACUCCAGAGCAAAAGCCUGACCAUAUCCAUCUGCUGGAACCGUAACUCCUCCACCCAUUAUAGGGUGGUAUAUCCCCUUAAGUGCAAAUGCAGCACACAGUGAUGCCAUCACUUGUGCCCCAAUAUACACUGCUGUACAUGUUUCCAUGGGAAGUGCUUUAGAGCAGCAAAGGAAAUGGUGACAGACGGAUUGAGAUGGGCGCCUGAGAUGUGGCCAGUCGACAAUAUCACAAUCAUGGCAGCAAGCCCGGUAGAGGUAGCGCAGCCAAGGAGGGUCUCAGAGCCUUGUGUCUUUUGGUUCACAAUAGCUGUGGCUGUCGCAGCAAAGAUGAGUAUUAGUGUGCCUAUGAAUUCAGCCCCCACCUGCACAAGUUUUCAAUCGUUAGUCCAUAGAUGUUACAUGGAGAUAGGAGGAGGAGGAAUGAAGCAAGACACAGGGGGCAAUCUUCCUUCUUCCAUGGCCCAUUCUUCGACACUGAAGCAUUUGCAGCUCUUGAGAAGUGAUUUUCUACCAAUGCUGCUUAAUCCUAAUCUCUCUCCCUUCAACCCUCCAAACAGAGGUCUACCAGGAGUCCCUGGUGUUGCUGGUGUUGAAGGCACUGAUGGAAUCUCCUCAUUAUCCAUUAUCACCCCCAAAAUAGCCAAUCAAGAGCCGAGAUAAGGAGAGAAAAGAAGUUGACUUAGCGAAUGUCAAAAGAAGAAGUUAGUGGUUGGAACUGCUGGAGGUUAAAAAAGAUGGUUUGGUUGGUGGCACUGGAAGUGGAUGGUCAUGGUGGGACAUUCUCAGUAUGUGAAACUUGUAAAGGAGGCAUGAAAGAUUGCGCCCCUGUCAGUCUUAAGGCACUUGCACUCAAUUGCCAUUCAUUCAAUUAUAUGGAGCAAAGAAGUCAUCCAUGUUAGCUUCUCAUUGAGCUUGUCCUUGUGAGUAAUGAAGGUAACCAGCUUUGGCUUUUCAGUGCUAUUUAUCAUAUUCAUUUUCAAUUUAAUUUUUUUGAGGGGAAAAAAAAAACUAACUAGGUGAUUGAAUUUAUCCUAGAACUUGUUUCAUAUUCAAUGCACUUGAAUGUAUAAGGUGGGUCAAACUCAAACUUAAUGGUUGCUUCUUGAAUCAUCUUGUCUCCACUACUUAACCAGUCAACGAUGCCCAUGUCUUCUUUUAGCUAAGAGGUCUUGACCCUUUUUUGGCUAUUUGAAAUUGAUAUAUGUAACGAAUCUCUUUUUCUAGAAUGCAUUAGAUUAUUAAGAGCAAUUAUUUUGUUAUGAAA